UCUGGACAGGACGGUUUGAGAAGAAGAAGACGCUCCAGCUGGAUCCAGGAGGACCUACCGAAGAUGCAGAACGUGAUAAACACGGUGAAGGGAACGGCUCUGGGGGUGGCGGAGUUCCUGACGCCGGUUCUGAAGGAAUCCAAAUUCAAAGAGACUGGAGUCAUCACACCAGAAGAGUUUGUUGCAGCAGGAGAUCAUCUGGUCCAUCACUGCCCCACAUGGAAAUGGGCCACUGGAGAAGAAGUGAAGGUGAAGCCGUAUCUGCCUCAAGAUAAACAGUUUCUCCUGACACGCAACGUUCCAUGUUACAAGCGCUGUAAACAGAUGGAGUAUUCAGACGAGCUGGAGGCCAUCAUAGAGGAGGACGAUGGAGACGGAGGCUGGGUGGACACGUACCACAACUCAGGUGUGUUAGGAGUCACAGAUGCUGUCAGGGAAAUUUCACUGGACAAUAAUAAGGACAAGAACAUGAACGCCACGUCUGCAGCGUGCUGUGAUGAUGAUGACGAUGAGGAUGAAGACGGAGAGGCAGCAGAUAUGGAAGAAUACGAGGAAAGUGGACUGUUGGAAACAGAUGAGGCCACUCUGGACACCAGUAAAAUGGUAGAAACCAAAGCCAAAGCAGAACCUGGGAGUGAAGACGCCAUCCUCCAGACCAGAACAUACGACCUGUACAUCACAUACGACAAAUACUACCAGACCCCUCGACUCUGGCUGUUUGGAUACGAUGAAGACAAACAUCAGCUGACUGUAGAGCAGAUGUACGAGGACAUCAGCCAGGACCACGUGAAGAAGACGGUCACCAUCGAGAACCACCCCCACCUCCCUCCACCCGCCAUGUGCUCUGUCCACCCCUGCAGACAUGCUGAAGUGAUGAAAAAGAUCAUUGAGACGGUGGCAGAAGGAGGAGGAGAGCUGGGAGUGCACAUGUAUCUUCUGAUUUUCCUCAAGUUUGUGCAGGCCGUCAUUCCCACAAUAGAAUACGAUUACACGAGACACUUCACCAUGUAGCUCCUCCACCUGCGGAUCAGAUCAGAGGAUCAGCUUCAUCUCAUUAACAACACGACCUUCUACAAACUCCGACCAAUCUUACUUUCAGCAGCAGUUUGACUCACUUUUGUUUUGUUCUUUUUCACUUGUAAUAAAGCAGGUUAGCAGUUUCCCUCUAGUUCCAGUCUGUAUGCUAAGCUAGGCUAACACAUCUGGACAUCUCUGUACUUUGCUCACAGAAAUGAAGCUGAAAUUCAUCCUCUCAUCUGACUGUGGGUAAAUCUGCAGACGAGGUUACGGCCCUAAAAACCUCUGAUGUUUCUUUACAUGUUUACUGAUGUGUUCUAAAAUUUGUUUCAGAAAAGAAUGAAAUCUGGCUCGUCAGUGUCAGCUCAGUAAAAUGUUCUGCUUUGAGUUCAGAAAUUCAAACUGCCUCCAAUGAUUUAGCAGCAGAAGAAGCUGAAAGCACAACACUGAUAGUUUCCCUCUUAUAAAGUCACACAGCAGCAGCUUUCACUUUGUUUGUGUCACCUCAUGAAUGUAAACGACCCUUCUAGCUUUGGUUUAAACUAAAUCUGUGUUCACCAGCCUGUCUGUCAGCAGGUGGCGCUGUAAGAGCUUUUUUACUGCCUGCUGCAGCUAAACGGCGCUAACAGAGAGUGAACUAUUUCCUGUAUAAAUAAUAUUCAGAAUCUGGAGCGCAGCAUCGAUAGAAGCUUCCUGCUAUUAAUAUUGUUCACGUGCUUCUCUGCUGUGGUUUUAUUGCUUCCCUUCUGAUGCACUUUCAGUCAUUUUUGAACCUCUUUAAUCAGCUUUUGAUGCCAGUUGGUCUUAAUGCUGCAGAAUCUGAAUGUGUCGAGGCGUUCUCCUGGUCGGCUCGCCAGCUUUUCUUUGUUUGGACACUUUUCCUUUUGAGAAUUUCUUUCAGUCUUGCUUUUUCUUCGUUUACUGUCAUGUGAAAGUUUGCUGUGACCAAAACAAACAGAAUUCUGUCGUCAGCUUGUUUGAGUUAUAAACUCUAGACAAACAUCAUAUUUCUGGCAGUAAACGGUCAAAUAAAGCUUCAGUAAUCUGCGCUCUGCUCUCCUUGGUGUCUGCUGGUUGGAUUAAAUAUUCACUCUGUACCUGUUGGUCCGUCUCCUGGUGUAAACUGUUCGGUGGAAACACUCGACCAUUUCAAAGUAAAGUACAUUUAUCAAUAAAGAGUUUCCAAAAUAUUAAA